AUGACAGAAUUUGAAACUCCAAUGUAUUCUCCUUUAGAAACUGUUUUUGAAACUCCUUAUUUAACUGAAUCUGAAACACCUUAUUUAACUGAGUUUGAAACUCCAUUUGAUACUCCAUACAUCACAGAUGUCGAUGCACCAUUUAGAACAAUGGAUGAAACACCAUUUGAAACUGAGUAUGAGACUCCUUACUUAACUGAAGCAGAAACACCUGUUAAUACUCCUUAUUUAACUGAAUUUGAAACCCCAUAUUUAACUGAAUAUGAAACUCCUUAUUUAACUGAAGCAGAAACACCAUUCUUAACCGAGUUUGAAACUCCAUACUUAACAGAAUCAGAAACUCCUUUUGAAACGGUAUUUGAAACCUUUGCACAGACUCCUGUCGAAACGGUUGAAGGACAACCUGAUGCAACAAAUGCAGAAACAGCAUAUGAAACUCCUUUUGAAACUGCUGUUGAUACUCCAGUUAUUACACCAUUCGAAUCAGUAUUUGAAACUGCAUUUGAGACAAUGCAUCAAACUCCAUUUGAAACAGUUUUCGAAACAGCAUUUGAAACUCCAUUCGAAACAAACUAUGAAACACCUUUUGUUACUCCUUCAGAAUCAGAACCCAGUACAGAAGAACCAUUCGAAACACCACUUGAGACAGCAUUCCAAACAGCAUUUGAAACUCCAAUUGAAACGGUAUUUGAAACAAUGCAUUCAACACCUUUCAUCACUGCUUUUGAAACAGUUUUCGAAACAGCAUUUGAAACUCCAUUCGAAACAAACUAUGAAACACCUUUUGUUACUCCUUCAGAAUCAGAACCCAGUACAGAAGAACCAUUCGAAACACCACUUGAGACAGCAUUCCAAACAGCAUUUGAAACUCCAAUUGAAACGGUAUUUGAAACAAUGCAUUCAACACCUUUCAUCACUGCUUUUGAAACAGUUUUCGAAACAGCAUUUGAAACUCCAUUCGAAACAAACUAUGAAACACCUUUUGUUACUCCUUCAGAAUCAGAACCCAGUACAGAAGAACCAUUCGAAACACCACUUGAGACAGCAUUCCAAACAGCAUUUGAAACUCCAAUUGAAACGGUAUUUGAAACAAUGCAUUCAACACCUUUCAUCACUGCUUUUGAAACAGUUUUCGAAACAGCAUUUGAAACUCCAUUCGAAACAAACUAUGAAACACCUUUUGUUACUCCUUCUGAAAGUAGUAUUGACAAUCCUUCAGAACCAAGUACAGAAAUUCCAUUCGAAACUCCAUUUGAAUCAGCAUUUCAAACCGCAUUUGAAACUCCAUUUAUUACUGAGCAUGUAACACCAAAUGAAACUCCAUUUAUUACUCAGCACGAAACUCCAGUUGGAACACCUUUCGAAACAAUGUAUUUGACACCAUUUGAAACAUUUGCUAUAACUCCUAGUGAAACGGCAGAAAUAAUUGUAAUACCACCAGGAGAAAAUCAAACAUCAGAAUCAUCAAAUCUAGAAGAAUCAUCAACAAAAUCAUCAAAUCCAGAAAAUCCAACAUCAGAACCAUCAAAUCCAGAAAAUUCAACACCAGAACCAUCAAAGCCGGAAGAAUCAAGUUCGAGUAAAGAUGAAACAAGCGAAUCACAAGAUACCACUAAAACAUCAUCUAGUAAGAGUAGUUGGGUAUAUAUAGUUGUUGGAGUUGUUUUGGUUAUUGCAAUUGUUGUUGGUGUUGCUGUUUUCUUAGUUUUAAGAAAUAGAAAGAGUGAUCCUGUUCAAUUCUCAUCUGAUACAGCAGAAAUUGAAAAUGAUCAACCAGAAACUCAAAUUAUUACUACAAAUACAACCGGAGAAGAAUUGGAAACACAAAUUGAUUACAAUACAAAUAUGUUCCGUACAGAAACAGAUGAUAUUUUCCAGCCUGGUGAAAACAAUGAUGAAGAGCCAGAAGAAAAUGUAAUAUACUUAUAA